UUCGGCGGGAAGGUCUAUGCCCUGGACCAGACGUGGCACCCCGACCUGGGGGAGCCCUUCGGGGUGAUGCACUGCGUGCUGUGCGUCUGCGAGGCGCCUCAGUGGGGUCGCCGUGGGAGGGGCCCCGGAAGGGUCAGCUGCAAGAACAUCAAGCCCGAGUGCCCACCCCUGGCCUGCGGGCAGCCGCGCCAGCUGCCUGGACACUGCUGCCAGACCUGCCCCCAGGAGCGCAGCGGUCCGGAGCGGCCGCCGUCGGGCCUGUCCUUCGAGUAUCCGCGGGACCCUGAGCACCGCAGCUACAGCGACCGCGGGGAGCCAGGCACGGAGGAGCGGGCGCGUGACGGCCACACGGACUUUGUGGCGCUGCUGACAGGGCCGAGGUCGCAGGCGGUGGCGCGGGCCCGGGUCUCGCUGCUGCGCUCGAGCCUCCGCUUCUCCGUCUCCUACCGGUGGCUGGACCGCCCCACCAGGGUCCGCUUUUCGGACUCCACCGGCAGCGUCCUGUUUGAACACCCUGCAGCCCCCACCCAAGACGGCCUGGUCUGUGGGGUGUGGCGGGCAGUGCCUCGGUUGUCUCUGAGGCUCCUGCGGUCGGGACAGCUGCAUGUGGCACUAGUGACACCCACUCACCCUGCAGGAGAGGUCUGGGGGCCUCUCAUCCGGCACCGGGCCUUGGCUGCAGAGACCUUCAGUGCCAUCCUGACCCCGGAGGGGCCCCCACAGCAGGGCGUAGGGGGGAUUGCCCUACUCGCACUCAGCGACACGGAGGACUCCUUGCACUUUCUGCUGCUCUCCCGGGGGCUGCUAGGACCCAGGCAUGGGGGCCUGGCCCAGAGCCCCGUGAGGCUCCAGAUUCUACACCAGGGGCAGUUACUGCGAGAGCUCCAGGCCAACGCGUCCACCCAGGAGCCAGGCUUUGCCGAGGUGCUGCCCAACCUGACCGUCCAGGAGAUGGACUGGCUGGUGCGGGGGGAGCUGCAGAUGGCCCUGGAGAAGACAGGCGGGCCAGGGCUGCGGAUCAGUGGGCACAUCGCUGCCAGGCAGAACUGUGAUGUCCUGCAAAGUGUCCUUUGUGGGGCCGAUGCCCUGACUCCAGUCCAGACGGGUGCGGCCGGCUCAGCCAGCCUCGGACUGCUUGGAAACGGCUCCCUGGUCUACAGGGUGCAGGUGGUAGGCACAGGCAGCGAGGUGGUGGCCAUGACACUGGAGACCAAGCCUCAGCGGAGGAACCAGCGCACCGUCCUGUGCCACAUGGCUGGACCCCAGUCUGGAGGGCACAUGGCUGCGGGUGUCUGCCCUGGGCUGGGUGCCCGGGGGGCCCAUAUGCUGCUACAGAACGAGCUGUUCCUGAACGUGGGCACCAAGGACUUCCCAGACGGAGAGCUGCGGGGGCAGGUGGCUGCCCUGCCUUACAGUGGGCACAGUGCCCGCCAUGAGACACUGCCCGUGCCCCUGGCUGGAGCCCUGGUGCUGCCCCCUGUGCGGAGCCAGGCAGCAGGGCACGCCUGGUUGUCCCUGGACACCCACUGUCACCUGCACUAUGAAGUGCUGCUGGCUGGACUUGGAGGCUCAGAACAGGGCACUGUCACUGCCCACCUCCUCGGGCCUCCUGGGAUGCCAGGGCCGCGGCGGCUGCUGAAGGGAUUCUAUGGCCCAGAGGCCCAAGGUGUGGUGAAGGACUUGGAGCCCGAGUUGCUGCAGCGCCUGGCCCAGGGCACUGCCUCCCUGCUGAUCAGCACCAAGGGCAGCCCCAGAGGGGAGCUCCGGGGCCAGGUGCGCCUCGACAACCAAUGCGAGGUGGGCGGCCUGCGCCUGGGGGCUGCAGGGGCCGAACGCGCGCGGGCGCCAGGGGCUUCGAAUGCAGCGGCGGCCGCGUUCCCGGCGCUGCCCGCUGUGACGGGCCCGGAGGCCCCAGUGCCCGCCAAACCCAGCGGCCCUGGGCGGUCCCGAGACCCCAACACGUGCUUCUUCGAGGGGCAGCAGCGCCCCCAUGGGACUCGCUGGGCGCCCAACUACGACCCGCUCUGCUCGCUCUGCACCUGCCAGAGACGGACAGUGAUCUGUGACCCCGUGGUGUGCCCGCUGCCCCGCUGCCCGCGCCCUGUGCAGGCUCCAGAUCAGUGCUGCCCCGUGUGCCCUGAGAAGCAAGAGGUUCCAGACCUGCCAGGUCUGCAGAGGAGCGGGGACCCAGGAGAGGGCUGCUAUUUUGAUGGUGACCGGAGCUGGCGGGCAGCGGGUACCCAGUGGCACCCCGUCGUGCCCCCCUUUGGCUUAAUUAAGUGUGCUGUCUGCACGUGCAAGGGGGGCACUGGAGAAGUGCAUUGUGAGAAGGUGCAGUGUCCCCGGCUGGCCUGUGCCCAGCCUGUCCGCGCCAACCCCACUGACUGCUGCAAACAGUGUCCAGCAGUGGGGUCAGGGGUCCACUCCCAGCUAGCAGACCCCAUGCAGGCUGAUGGGCCCCGGGGCUGCCGUUUUGCGGGGCAGUGGUUCCCAGAGAGCCAGAGCUGGCACCCUUCUGUGCCCCCCUUUGGGGAGAUGAGCUGCAUCACCUGCAGGUGUGGGCAGGCAGGGGUGCCUCACUGUGAGCGGGACGACUGUUCACUGCCACUGUCCUGCGGCUCGGGGCCGGAGAGUCGGUGCUGCCCCCACUGCACAGCCCGGCGGCGGUCAGCCCCAGAGGCCUUGAGUGCGCCAGAGCUGGAGAAGGAAGGUGCGGGCCCCUAGGGAGCGGCCGGCUGUGUGACCAAGAGGACAGGCCUGUGCUGGGGGAGGGCUGUGCCGAGGACCCCCUUCUCCUGUGGGGAGACAGUGCCUUUGGCUCCUCUGCUCCGCCUCUUCUCCCUCCCCCACUACCUCUGGGAACCACAGCUCCACAAGGGGGAGAGACAGCCGGGCCAGGAGGCCCUGUCACCUUGACCUCGCCCUGGAAGCCUAACCCCGUUCUUUCUGUGCAUAAUGUCACUGGCUUGUUGGGACUUUUAAUUUAUCCUCACUCAGCACCAAGGGUCCCCACUCCACUCCUGCUGCCCCUGAGCUGAGCAGAGUCAUUAUUGGAGAUUUUCGUAUUUAUUAAAGCCCUUUUUUUUUUUUUUUCA